AUGGCUCAAGAAAAAGAGUCUCUUGUGGAGUCUCAUUGGCCUGAUUUUCAACCUCAAUCAAGCUCAGCGAUGAUCUACAGACGGGAAGUUAUUCCUCGUCAACGAGCGUUAUCUGCGUUACUAAUUGGCUUGGGAAUUAUUGUAACAUUGGUACUUUUACUGGUUUUAUCCUACUUCAUGCACAUUUACUCGAGUGAUCAUUCACAUAUUAACAUGCACGAUUCACUAAAUCCAAUUUGUUUAUUACCAAGAUUAACUGGUAAAUGUCGUGCAAAAUUUCAUCGUUGGGGUUGGAAUCCACAAAAAACAAUCUGUGAAGAAUUCAUCUAUGGUGGUUGUAAUGCAAAUGAAAAUAAUUUUUUAACCAAAGAAGAAUGUGAAGCAGUAUGUAAGAUUACAGUUUACAUAUAAAUUCAUUAUACUAAUAUAUAAGUGGUCAUUUUAUCGAAGUAUUAUUUCUCUAUCCCUUUCUCCGUAAACUAUCACUUAUUUUAUUAUGUCAUUUCAUCUAGUUUUUGUUAUCAAAAUGAUUGAGAUCAUCAAAGCUUUCCGACUAUUAUAAUCUACAUUCAUUUCAAUAUUAUACUCAUAAGCAUAUUUCUAUUGAGGCAAGUUAGGUAAAUGGUA